CCAUCGACUUGAUUUGGACAUUGCUGGGUUUUUUUUUUCUCAGCCAGGGAUUCACCACCUCUGGUGUCACCUCUGGUUUUUGGGGAAGACUUGAUGUUGAAGAAGAUGGCUCCACUCCUCUAGCUUCUCAUCCUUCUCCUCUCCUCUCCUCCUUCUUUUAGCUUCUCUCUCUAAACCAGAAAUUCUAUCUCAAAAUCAGCUCUCUUAAAAUGUGAGAAGAGUUCAUCUAUUUAUCGACUUCAGGGGGACGAACAAGUUCACGGUCGAACAGGGGUAGAUCGCGGUCAUGAUCUUUUUCUUCGAGACUGCGGUCUUUAGUCGUCGCCGCUUUGGUCUUCGUCUUCUGGGAGUUCGCGGACCGACUUCACCGUCGCGAUCCGUGAGUCGUGGCUGUGAACUUCCUCGCGGUCGGGGUAGAUGGUGAUUGUAAAUCCGACCGUCGAAACUUGCUUGUUUACUUUGCAGUUGUCUUAGUUUUUAAACCACAAACCGUUUGCUAAAUAAUGCUUAAACGAUUGAAGUAGGGGUACAUGGACCGAUCCGAGUUGACAUUUUAAAACGCUAAACCCUAUAUUGCACCCUACUAGAGUUAAAUUUAUACUUGGGCUCUAGUCGGGAUUUUAAUUGUGGUAGUCGGUGUGAGUCAAUUUGAUAAUGGGAGGGAGAGAGAAUUUGGGAUGAGGAAGAAAUAGAAGCGGGUAUCCAAGAGAGAGAGAGGCCGAUGGCACAAGGGGGAAGAGAGGGAGGAAGAAAUUAGGUCUAGAGAACAAUCGUUCUGUUAUUGCUUAAUGAGAACAACUUCACUAACACAGAAUGUAUAAUUCGAUUCACUAUAACUACCCAACAAUUAAUCAUAACAAAAUACUCUCAAAUAACCUCCAAAUAUUCAAACAAUAAUAAAGCAACAAAUAAGUCCAAAAUAUAAUCCUUGUUUGAAACUAUAUUUCUAAGAGGGAAGGAUAUGAGGACUUCAUAAUUACACGGGGACAUUGUGGUAUUUUCUCUUUAUUUGUUAUGAAUACCAUAUCAAAGUCAAAUAAGAACUUCUAAUGUGACAAAUCUCUAAUAACUCAUAAAUUUAUCACAUUUAAAAAUAAUAUAACAUCUUGAUUCAAAAUACUAUGUAUCCAAAAUUUUACAUCUAAAUCAACCGGCAAGCAAAUCAACCCCUUGUAGACCGGCUUUACCUGAUUCAAAUGUGCAGGGAUAGCUUACCGACAUUGGAAAAGAAUCGAAAAAUCUAUCACUGUAAUUUUCCUCCUAAAUCAGGACAAGAAACCCAAAGAAGAACCGUCCCAUAAUUUUUCUUACAAGAAAGGGAACGUUCAGAGUGAAAAUAAUCAAUAAAGAAAGAGAGCAGAGUAGAAACGCGACACGGUCUGGCGCUAGCUGGCUGGUUGGUUCUCUCUUACUUACUGUUAAUUACUCGUAGUGGAAACUCUGCUCCUCUUCUGUGUCACAGAGCUCUCAUCCUUCAGACAGUCUCACGUUCACUACAUCCACCGCCAAGGAAAAGCCAAAAUAUUCUCCUCCACUUUCUUUUCCCUUUUUCUCUUUUCUCUUCUCCCUCCUUGCGGGUGAAUUGGGUAGAACAAACAGAUCCAAGGAGCUUCCUUUUUUUCAUUUCAAUAAAUAAUUAGGGUUCUUCAGAUACUUGUUGCCACGUUCUAGCUUCCACUCCAUCUGAGAUCUCUCUUUCUCUCUCACUUAGCUCUCAAAGCUUAUAUUCAAAAAAAAAUAGCUCUCAAAGCUUCACUCUUUUCUUCAUCAUUGCUCCUUGUCUGAACACGAUCUACUUUGAAAAGCUUACAUCUUGGAUAUUGGUGAGAGGGAGCAGAUCUUUGAAGAAUACUGCUCCAGCCUUUGUUAUUUAAAUUUUAUUGGGGGGUUUACCCUCUUCGUCUCCCCUUCUCUUGAUGCGAUUCGCCAUCGGUAAGCAUCCAACUACCCAUCUGCCGAUGAUUUGCAAGAUUGUUUCUUUUUCUGGAAAAUGAAGUGCAUAUGGUUUCAGCUUUGCAAUUUUGCCUUCUGUGUGUUGUUUAAUAUAGUUAAUGGCUAAAUGUGAUUGGACCUUUUAGUGUACUGUUGUCUGUUGAAUGCAUUUAAUUCCUCAACCUUGGAUGGUGUUAAUCCCUAUUAAUGGAGAAUUCAGGUAUUCCCCACUACUCACUCCCAAUUAUUGUACCUUGCUUUUGAUUUGGUCUUCCCCAUCUGAGUCCCAUCCUGUCUAUAUGUCAUGUUUCCUGGUGGUGUUAUAGAUAGAUCAGCCUGCCUCUAAUUUCCUUUCCUCAGUUAGUUUGAAUUUUUUUCGCUUUGAACAUACUAAACUUGACUUCUUAGCAUUGAUCUACUGGAUCAGCUUUGGAUCUGGUAUGUGCUACAUUUGGAUCCAAAAUUUCUCCAACUCCGAACAGAGAGCUGAUUCGUUAUGUAAUGAUUUGUUUUCCAGGGGGAGAUAACCAAUAACAAUGGCGCCGAAACCUAAUCCAGGUGAUAACAGAACUAGGAGUUCGAUCCAGAUAUUCAUAGUAGCUGGACUGUGCUGUUUCUUCUACAUAUUGGGAGCAUGGCAAAGGAGUGGUUUUGGGAAAGCAGACAAUCUCGCCAUGGAAAUCACCAAAAACACUGGUGGGGAUUGCAACAUAAUCUCUAAUCUCAAUUUCGAGACUCACCAUGGUGGCGAAAUCACCUCCACCGAUGAUUCUGUAUCGGAGAAGAAAGUUUUUAAACCAUGUGCUCCUAAGUACACUGAUUACACCCCCUGUCAAGAUCAGAGGCGUGCCAUGACAUUCCCUAGGGAUAACAUGAUAUAUAGGGAGAGGCAUUGCCCCCCAGAGGAAGAGAAGUUGCAUUGUCUAAUACCAGCUCCCAAGGGCUACGUGACACCGUUCCCUUGGCCUAAAAGUCGUGAUUAUGUCCCUUAUGCGAAUGCUCCUUAUAAGAGCUUGACUGUGGAGAAGGCCAUUCAGAAUUGGGUACAGUAUGAGGGUAAUGUGUUUAGGUUUCCAGGUGGAGGGACGCAGUUCCCACAAGGUGCUGAUAAGUACAUUGAUCAAUUGGCCUCUGUUAUACCAAUUAAGAAUGGGACGGUCAGAACAUUGCUCGACACAGGUUGUGGGGUUGCCAGUUUGGGUGCUUACUUGUGGAGCAGAAAUGUGAUUGCCAUGUCAUUUGCACCAAGAGACUCACAUGAAGCACAGGUUCAAUUUGCUCUUGAAAGAGGUGUACCUGCUGUGAUUGGUGUUCUCGGUACUAUAAAGGUGCCAUAUCCAUCCAGAGCUUUCGACAUGGCUCAUUGUUCUCGGUGCUUGAUACCAUGGGGUGCCAAUGAUGGGAAAUACUUGAUGGAAGUGGACCGAGUUCUCAGACCGGGUGGGUAUUGGGUUCUUUCGGGCCCCCCAAUCAACUGGAAGGUUAACUACAAGGCAUGGCAGCGUCCUAAGGAAGAACUUCAGGAGGAGCAGAGGCAGAUUGAAGAGGCUGCCAAAAUGCUUUGCUGGGAGAAGAAGUAUGAAAAGGGUGAAAUUGCUAUCUGGCAGAAGAGAAUGGAUGGUGAUUCAUGCCAUAGUAAACAAGAUGAAUCUCAAGUUACCUUCUGCAAAUCUUCUGAUCCUGAUGAUGUGUGGUACCAGAAGAUGGAGACUUGUGUCACACCUUAUCCUGAUACUAGCAGUUCAGCACUUAAAAAUUUCCCUGAAAGGCUUUAUGCUGUUCCACCAAGAGUUGCUAGUGGUUCUAUUCCUGGAGUUUCAGCUGAGAAAUACCAAGAGGACAGUAACAAAUGGAAGAAGCAUGUUAAAGCUUAUAAAAGAAUCAAUAGACUUCUGGACUCUGGAAGGUACAGGAACAUAAUGGACAUGAAUGCUGGAUUGGGAGGAUUUGCUGCCGCACUUCAGUCUCCAAAGUUAUGGGUUAUGAAUGUUGUGCCAACUAUAGCUGAGAGGAGUACACUUGGUGCAGUAUAUGAAAGAGGCUUGAUUGGAAUCUACCAUGACUGGUGUGAAGCUUUCUCUACUUACCCAAGGUCCUAUGACUUGAUUCAUGCCAAUGGUCUUUUCAGUCUGUACAACAACAAGUGUAAUCUAGAGGACAUCCUUCUGGAGAUGGACCGGAUUUUGCGACCAGAAGGUGCAGUUAUAAUCCGAGAUGAAGUGGAUGUACUAAUCAAGGUGAAGAAGAUAAUAGGAGGAAUGAGAUGGGAUACUAAGAUGAUGGACCAUGAAGAUGGUCCUCUUGUUCCCGAGAAAAUACUGGUCGCAGUCAAGCAGUACUGGGUUGCAGGUGGUAACUCCACAUCCACCCAGUGAGCUUCAUCAUCCAUUGCCGCCAGUUAUGUUUCAAAAGCACCUCCUUGAAGUAGCCUCUGGUAAAACAGAAAUCCAUCAGGCCAUGGCUUCAUGUGCUUGAAUUAUUUCUUCCUGCAGAGCAAAAUUAGCAGAGGGGAUGCUUUAAUUUAAACCAGCACAUGUUUGGUUUUGGUUCUUUCAUGUUGUUAGCAUAUGGUGCUGCUGUGUAGUAGUAAUACCAUUGACAAAUGCUGUGUAGUAUAGCAUUUGGUUCUUUAAUGUGUCAAUUUUUGGUGUACUCUUAGUUUUGUUCAUCUGUCUUCUUUAAUGUGUCAAUUUUGUUAUUAUCAAGAUUUUUUGUUCUACUUGGAUCCACAAACACUUAUAUAACAUUAGUAUUUUAUAUAACAUUAGUAUUCUAAUGUUGAAUUAGGUGAAGAGAAAAAUUGGAAUAGAGACAUAUUUCACAAAUAAAAGGGAACAAUGUUG